AGCCAGAGAGAGAGAGCGAGAGAGAGAGCCCAAUGCAACAGCACAGUGAGGACCCAGUGUGGGGUGAUCCGCAGCGGAGAAGCAGAGGUUCCGAGCAAUGCAGAAGUCACGGGCGGUGGGAGAGGAGCAAACGAAAGUUUCCCAGUGGCCGUGGGAGCAGCCAGAACUCGCUGGGGCCAGUCGUGGGGAGCGCCCUGGACUUGCUGACCUCCACAGUUCCCGGCAGCUGGUGCCUGCCCGCUCCUCCGCCCGGACUAGGGCCCCACAGGAGCAGUGGCGCUCCCUGCAGGAGACCCUGAGCAGGCUGGAGGGCGAGGUGGUGCAGCUCAGAGAGCAGAACAAGGACCUGCAGGCGAGGGUGAGGCAGCUGGAGGCCUGUGAAUGCCACCCCCUGGCUUCUCCCCAGUGCUGGGCGUUGGGGCGUGCCUGGCCUGAGGACGCUCGCUGGGAGCCCGACCCCUGCACAGCCUGUGUCUGCCAGGAUGGGGCCGCACGCUGCGACCCCCAGCUCCAUCUGCCUCAGUGCCGUGGCUGCACCCAUGGCAGUCGGGCCUAUGAUGACGGGGACACCUUCUCCCCAGAUGCCUGUACAACCUGCCGCUGCCUGGCGGGGACCGUGCACUGCCAGCAGACCUCCUGCCCAGAGCUCAACUGCCUGGAGAGCUACACUCCACUGGGCGAGUGCUGUCCUGUCUGCCGGCCAGGCUGUGAGUAUGAGGGCCAGCUUUAUGAGGAAGGGGCCAAAUUCCAGUCCAGCUCCAACCCUUGUCUCCAGUGCUCCUGCCUGGGCAGCCUGGUUCGCUGUGUGCCCAUGACGUGCCUGCCCAGCCCCUGCCCUGAGCCAAUCCUGAGGCCUGGACACUGCUGCCCAAGCUGCCAAGGCUGCAUAGAGGGUGGCAAGUUCCGGGAACACGGCCAGGAGUGGACGGUGCCCGAGGACCCCUGCCGCAUCUGCCGCUGCCUGGAGGGCCACAUCCAGUGCCACCAGCAAGAAUGUGCCAGUCUGUGCCCCUACCCUGCACGGCCUGUCCCAGGCACCUGCUGCCCCGUGUGUGACGGCUGCUUCUUGAACGGGCGUGAACACCGCAGCGGGGAGCCCGUGGGCUCUGGGGACCCCUGCAUGCAGUGUCACUGUGUUAAUGGAAGCGUCCAGUGUGAACCCCUGCCUUGUCCACCUGUGCCCUGUACGCACCCAGGCAGGAUGCCCAAGCAGUGCUGCCCAGCCUGUGACGACUGCGAGUACCAGGGACACCAGUACCGGAGCCAGGAGACCUUCACAGUCCGGGAGAAUGACCGCUGCUUCCGCUGCACCUGCCAGGCUGGUGAAGUGUCCUGUGAGGAGACGUGCCCAGUGGCCCCCUGCGCCCUGUCUGCUUCUGGCCCUCAGCUCUGCCCAGUCUGCGUGCUCCAUGGAGAGGAAUUUGCUGAUGGGGUCCAGUGGGAGCCUGAUGGCCAACCAUGCACUGCCUGCUCCUGCCAAGAUGGGGUGCCCGUGUGUGGGGCUGUGCCCUGCCCUCAGUCCUCCUGCCAGCAUCCCACCCAACCCCCUGGCACCUGCUGCCCGAGGUGUGAUGGCUGCACCUACCACGGUGUCGUGUAUGCCAACGGGCAGAACUUCACUGAUGCAGACAGCCCCUGCCACACCUGCCGCUGCGAGGAGGGGACUGUCAGGUGCUCCUUGGUCACCUGCCCUCCCAUGACCUGUGCCAGGCCCCAGCAUGGACCCGGCCAGUGCUGCCCCAGAUGCCCAGACUGCAUCUUGGAGCAACAGGUGUUUGUGGACGGUGAGGCCUUCUCUCACCCUGGAGACCCUUGCCAGGAAUGCAGGUGCCAGGAGGGCCACGUGCACUGCAGGCCUCGCACCUGCCCCAGAGCCCUGUGCCGGCACCCUCUACCUGGUAGCUGCUGCCGGACAGACUGCAGUGGCUGUGCCUUCGGAGGCAAGGAGUACCCCGAUGGGGCGGACUUCCCCCACCCCUCGGACCCCUGCCGCCUUUGCCGCUGCCUGAGUGGCACCGUGCAGUGCCUGGCCCGCCGCUGCCCUCCACUGGCCUGCUCCGAGCCCGUCCUGGUCCCCCAGGAGUGCUGCCCACAGUGCCCGGGUAGGAACCGCUCCCCGAGGGCCCCUGGGAGGGCAGCUACCUGGGCUCUGAUUGACGUGCGUGCUGUCACCGCAGCUGCGUCCCCCAACUGCCCGCAGUCUGGGGACCACCCCUGCCACCAGUGCAUCUGCCGCGACGGAGCCGUGUCCUGCCAGCUGCUGCCCUGUCCGCCCGCGCCCUGCUCGCACCCGCGGCCGGGCCGCUGUUGCCCCACCUGCGAUGGCUGCCUGUUCCAUGGGAAGCAGUUUGCCAGCGGAGAGCGCUUCCCCUCACCCACUGACGCCUGCCAGGUCUGCUUGUGUUGGCAAGGCAGCGUGAGCUGCGAACCCAAGGCCUGUGCCCCUGCCCAGUGCCCCUUUCCUGUCAGCGACAGCUGCUGCCCAUCCUGUGAUGGCUGUGAGUAUCUGGGAGUGUCCUACCUGAGCCACCAGGAGUUCCCGGACCCCCGAGAGCCCUGCGGCCUGUGUACCUGCCUUGGGGGCUUUGUGACCUGCAGCCGCCGGCCCUGCGAGCCCCUGGCCUGCAGCCACCCUCUCACCCCACCUGGGCACUGCUGCCCCACCUGCCAGGGCUGUCACUAUCAUGGUAUCACUGUUGCCCUGGGAGAGACCCUACCCAACCCACUUGACCCCACCUGCUCCUUCUGCACUUGCCAGGAAGGCUCAAUGCGUUGCCAGAAGAAGCCGUGUCCCCCAGCUCUCUGCCCCCACCCUGUUCCAGGACCCUGUUCCUGCCCAGUUUGCCACAGCUGCCUCUCUCAGGGCCGGGAGUACCAAGAUGGAGAGGAAUUUGAGGGGCCUGCAGGCAGCUGUGAACAAUGCCACUGUCAGGCUGCCCAGGUCACCUGCAGGCGGCGGCAGUGCCCAUCCCUGCCCUGCCGGCACCAUGUCACGGAGCCGGGGAGCUGCUGCCCUCGCUGUAGAGGCUGCUUGGUAGAGGGCAAGGAGCACCCCGAAGGCAGCAGCUGGGUGCCCCCCGACAGCCCCUGCUCUUCCUGCACCUGUCAUGAAGGCGUUGUGACCUGCAGCAGAGUGCAGUGUGUUGUCAACGCCUGUCCCCAGCCCCAGCAGGACCGGGGGGACUGCUGUCCUCGCUGCCUUGACUGUGAGCACCAGGGCCGGAAGUACGAGCCUGGACAGAGCUUCCAGCCUGGGGCAGACCCCUGUGAAGUGUGUACCUGUGAGCCACAGCCCGAGGGGCCCUCCAGCUUCCGAUGCCACAGGCAACAGUGUCCCAGCCUGGUAGGCUGCCCCCCCAGCCAGCUGCUGCCCCCUGGGCCCCAGGACUGCUGCCCAACCUGUGCCCAGGCACUGAGUAACUGCACAGAAAGCCUGCAGGGCUCCGAGGUGGCCGCACCAGACCCCUGCUACACCUGCCGCUGCCAGGACCUGACGUGGCUCUGUGUCCGCCGGGCCUGUCCUGAGCUCAGCUGUCCCCUGCUGCAGCGCCACACCCCCCCGGGGGACUGCUGUCCUGUGUGCCAGGAAUGUGUAAUGGAGGCCGGGGGCCGGAGAGUGGCUGAUGGAGAGAGCUGGCGGGACCCCAGCAACGCCUGUGUCACCUGCACCUGUCGGCGGGGCCACGUGGACUGCCGCCCAGAGAAGUGCCAGACAGUCUCCUGCCCAGACGGUUGGGCCCGGGUGCUGGAGGCCGGCACCUGCUGUGAGCGAUGUCAAGCGCCAGCCGCGUCCUGUGUGCACCAGGGCCUCCCGGUGGCCUCUGGGCAGCGCUGGAGCGUCGAUGCCUGCACCAGCUGCUCCUGCGAGUCAGGUGCCGUGCGCUGCCAGAGCCAGCGCUGCCAGGCACUGUCGUGUGGCCCCGACGAGGCCCCAGCCCUGAGUCCCGGCAGCUGCUGUCCCCGUUGCCUGCCCCGGCCAGCUUCCUGCAUGGCUUUUGGUGACCCGCACUAUCGCACCUUCGACGGUCGCCUGCUGCACUUUCAGGGAGGCUGCAGCUACGUGCUGGCCAAGGACUGCGGUGGCAGCGACUUCAGCGUGCACGUGACCAAUGACGCCCGGGGCCGGAGCGGCGUGGCUUGGACGCAGGAGGUGGAAGUGCUGCUGGGGGUCACUGCUGCCUCCGUGAGGCUGCUGCAGGGUGGAGUGGUCCAGGUGGACGGGCGAGCCGUGGCCUUGCCCUUCCUGCAGGAGCCAAUGCUAUAUGUGGAGCUGCGGGGUCGCACCGUGAUCUUGCACGCCCAGCUUGGACUCAAGGUGCUGUGGGAUGGGAAGUCCCAGGUGGAGGUGAGCGUGCCCGGCUCCUACCGGGGCAGGACGUGUGGGCUGUGUGGGAACUUCAAUGGCUUUGCUCAGGAUGACCUACAGGGUCCUGGGGAACUGCUUCUCCCCACGGAAGCUGCCUUUGGAAACAGCUGGAAGGUCCCCGAUGGGCCCAGGCCUGUCCAGCCCUGUUCCGCAGGCCAGGAAGUGGAUCCAUGCCGGGCGGCAGGUUACUGGGCCAGGCGUGAGGCCAACGCCCGGUGUAGGGUGCUGAAGGCGCCCCCAUUCAGCCGGUGCCAUGCUGUGGUGGCCCCAGAUCCCUUCUUUGCCGCUUGCGUGUACGACCUGUGUGCCUGUGGCCCUGGUUCUUCAGGCGACGCCUGUCUCUGUGAUGCCCUGGAAGCUUAUGCCAGCCAGUGCCGCCAGGCUGGGGUAACGCCGCCUGCCUGGCGGGGCCCGGCGCUUUGUGCGGUGGGCUGUGCCCUGGAUCGGGGCUUCGUGUUUGAUGAAUGUGGCCCGCCCUGUCCCCGCACCUGCUUCAACCAGCAUGUCCCCCUGGGGGAGCUGGCCGCGCACUGCGUAAGGCCCUGCAUCCCUGGCUGCCAGUGCCCUGCGGGACUAGUGGAGCAUGAGGCCCACUGCAUCCCACCCAACGCCUGCCCCCCGGUCCUGCUCUUCGAGGCCGCCCCCUCCCCAGCGGAGCCUGAGCCGGGGCCCCUCUGAGUGAGUGGGCAUGCCGGAGCCUGGCGCAGGUCCUGCUGGGCUGAGUGUGAAGCAGCGAAGCCUGGGCCCGCCCGGUGCCAGGUGCCCACUGCCAGGUGCCCGCUGGGCUGCCCGAUGCCAGGUGCCUGCCGGGCUGCCCGGAUGUGAGGCUGAGGGGUGCUGUUCCUCAGGCGCAGGUUUGCGCCUGGGCUGCCUCCCCUGGCCUCUCCCUGGUGCUGUAUGGGAAACCCACCACAGGCAGGAGGCAGGCCACCUGAGGCCCUGCCUGGUGCUCAGCCUGUGCAGUGGGCACACCCCACCUCCUCCACGUUCGGGACCUUCUGUGGAUCCAUGGAUGGGCCCGUGAGGGCCCAGUCCACCCUUGACUUCUCGAUUCCUCUUGGUACAGUGGUACCCGAUGCUCAGGUUCCUUCUGGAUCAUUCUAAGAAUAAGGGACACGGCUACCUCAAGGCCUGGCUGGAAAGAGAAAAUAAACAAUGAUGAAAAAAAGGUGUGCCCACAUGCAUACACACACA